CAGAGCCUCAGACGGUGAGUUGGAUUCUUCCUCCUCGGCAGGGCGGCGGCAGGCGGCGGGUGGAGCUUACAGGGAGGACCGGCUGGGACUGAAGCCGCCGCGGGGGACCAGGAGCCCGGUGCGCUGCUGCCGCUGUGACCGCUGACAGCCUGGACAUGGAGCUGGAGAACAUCGUGGCCAACACGGUGCUGCUGAAGGCUCGGGAAGGAGGCGGCGGAAACAGAAAAGGAAAAAGCAAGAAAUGGAAACAGAUGCUGCAGUAUCCCCACAUCAGUUUGUGUGAAGAGCUGCGACAGACCAUAGAGAAGGACUACAGCAGCAUGUGUGAGCGGCAGCCAAUCGGACGCUUGCUCUUCAGACAGUUCUGUGAGACGCGACCUGAGCUGAGACGCUGCAUCAAGUUCCUGGAUGCUGUGGCCGAGUACGAGGUGACGCCCGACGAGAAGAGGAAGGAGUUGGGUCAGGAGUUCAUGGACAAGUACCUGAACCCACAGUCGGACGACCACGUGCCGGAGCUGGAGGACGCCAUGAUGGCUCAGUGCAGCGAGCGGCUGCAGCAGGACGCCUGCAAAGAGCUUUUCAAGGACUGUACCAAGUUGAUCCACGACUUCCUGAGCGUGGCGCCCUUCGCUGACUACCUGGACAGCAUGUACUACAACAGGUUCCUGCAGUGGAAGUGGCUGGAGAGGCAGCCGGUGACGAAGAACACGUUCCGACAGUACAGGGUCCUGGGGAAGGGAGGUUUUGGAGAGGUGUGUGCGUGUCAGGUACGAGCCACAGGGAAGAUGUACGCCUGCAAGAAGCUGGAGAAGAAGAGGAUAAAGAAGAGGAAAGGAGAAUCCAUGGCGCUCAACGAGAAACAGAUCCUGGAGAAAGUCAACAGCAGAUUCGUUGUGAGUCUGGCGUACGCCUACGAGACCAAAGACGCCCUGUGCCUCGUGCUGACGCUGAUGAACGGAGGAGACCUGAAGUUUCACAUCUACCACAUGGGCGACGCGGGGUUCGACGAGAGGAGAGCCGUGUUCUACUCGGCAGAGAUCUGCUGCGGCCUGGAGGACCUGCAGCGAGAGCGCAUCGUCUACAGGGACCUCAAGCCAGAGAACAUCCUGCUGGACGACCUCGGCCACAUCAGGAUAUCAGACCUGGGUUUGGCGGUUCACGUUCCAGAAGGUCAGACCAUCAAGGGCCGGGUGGGAACAGUGGGAUACAUGGCUCCGGAGGUGGUGAAGAACGAGCGCUACACCUUCAGCCCGGACUGGUGGGCGCUGGGCUGCCUGCUGUACGAGAUGAUCGAGGGCCAGUCGCCCUUCCAGCAGCGAAAGAAGAAGAUCAAGAGGGAGGAGGUGGAGCAGCUGGUUCAGGAGGUGGAGGAGACGUAUUCCAGCAAGUUCUCUGAAGACGCCCAGUCCCUCUGCAGGAUGCUUCUCGCCAAAGAUCCCGCGGAGAGGCUGGGCUGCCAGGGGGGCGGAGCCUCAGAGGUCAAAGCUCAUCCCAUCUUCCGCUCCAUCAACUUUAAACGCUUGGAGGCCGGGAUCAUGCAGGUCCCGUUCACCCCCGACCCUCAGGCGAUCUACUGUAAAGACGUCCUGGACAUCGAGCAGUUCUCCACAGUUAAAGGUGUCGAGCUGGAACCGAAAGACGAAUCGUUCUACAGCAAAGUGUCGACGGGAUGCGUCUCCAUCCCCUGGCAGAACGAGAUGAUUGAGACGGAGUGUUUCACUGAGCUGAACAUCUUGUACCAGGACGGGACGGUCCCCCCCGACCUCGACUGGAGAGGUCAACCCUCCCCCCCCCCCAAACAGGGUCUCCUGCAGCGGCUGUUCGGCCGACAGGAAUGCUGUGGUAACUGCAGCGACAGUGACGAGGAGCCCACCAGGCUGUGACACACACAGACACACACACACAAACACACACAGGAUCUUAUUUGUUUACAACUUUUGCACAUUUGUAUUUUUAAGAUAGUUUUAUCUCUAAAAGUCAGAAUGUAUAUUUUCAUCAUUAUUUAAAUCGUGACUCGUCGUCGCUCAGGAGACGGAAACAAGACGAACCACAGUUUUUUUUCCCGUAAUUUUUUUGUCCAGGGAAGUUUUUUUUCUUCCUCCUCAUCCGUCCACACAUUUCCACGAGAACCAGGAGCUGCUGCUCCACUGGACCAAUGGCCUGCUGUAGAAGUGCCUUGCUCGUGGGCACCGUGGCAGAGGAGGAGUGGGCAUCGAUCUCUUUACGCUUUCCCACUUUGUCCGUGAGGCUCAUGAACUGUGACCACUUGACUCCCUGCUGUGACGGACCGCUUCUCUCUUCUGUUUGGUUCCACUGGACGUUUGAGGAACUGACGUCAGAACCAGAUGUUUUUUAGUAACCACGAUGUUUCACUCCAUCGUUAAGUGUGAGAAUCGAUCUUCAGGGACUCGUCGGCUUAAAGUGAAAAACACCCGACGAUGAUCUGAGCUUGUUUUUUGUUCAUCUUCCAUUUUCAGCCCCAGUUUCAAUAAUCAUGUUACUACUCAACUCAAUUAAGUGAAUAUUCAAACUAUAAUUAUCACGCUCUGGUUGUUUCGCUCCGGUUUCAGUCACAAUUCUUUUGACUCAUAAGAGGAGGCUGUGACCUUUGACCUCUGAAAUUGAAUCAGUUCAUAUGUCAUCAGAAUGUGGAUCAAGUCCCAAAACGCAGACUUGAAAUACGUUCAAGAGGCAAAACACUUGUGAGGUCACACAACUUAAAACCUAACCAAUGAAUCUGAGUCCAAGUGAACAUUUGUGUCAAAUUAGAAAAGAGUCACGUUUUCACAAUGUGUUACUGAGGCCACUGUGACCUUUGACCUUCGACCUCAGUUCAGGGGAACGUUUGAACCAGAUUUGAAAAUGUUCCCUAUUCAGAUAUUUGAUUUACUUUCCCACAGAAAGAAAAUGUCUGGAGACGCAAAACAAAACUCAAAAUCGCUUCAGUUUCAGUUUGUUCAGAUCAAACAGUCUCAGGGUUUAUUCACGAUUCAAUUCACUGUUUCUCUGUUUUUCUUUGCUCGUGAGCUGAAUCGAUUCAUUAAGAUAAAACCCAGUCGAUCCUGUCAGGACUCGUCACAUGAUCAUCGUCACCGAGCCGCCGACGGGACGAACUGAAGGUGUCGGUUGAAAUCCUGCGUCUCAUGAGGCCUCAGCUGGUUCUGCUGCAGUCGAUUCUUCCUCAAACUAUCUACGGGCCUCUGAUUCUGAGCUAAUAAAAUGAAAUACCUCUGAAUGUACAA